UCGCUGUCUGCUGCGAAGGAAAAGGCAACAAGGAGGAAGAGCAAUGGCGCCACAGUAUCGCCGAGCGCACACACAGGACACAUUCACUGGUCUUCCCAGCACACUCACUACUUUUACUCAGAAACUCAGCUUUUGAACUGGAGGUUGCUGAUCAAACUCUGUAAAGGAGAUAUGCUCUUGUAUGGUCUCUUCCCAACUCAUGAGGAUUUCAAACCCGUCAUUUGCAAUGUCUUCAACAAAGCCGUUAAAGCCUCAGGACUCAUUACGGUAGUUGGGGAACAGAACAGUGAGUAGAGAGGAGUGGACGCUACCCCAUCCCCCCCAGAGUCAUGCAUAGCAAAAACCAGAGGAGGCAGUGCUCGCCCAGCAGCUCCAGAACCCCUUUAGUUCCUGUCAAGGGUAAGAAGUCUGUGGGUCAGCGUGAGGUGGAGCCGCUACCCUUCCGGAUCCCUCGUGAUUAUCCCCACUCCCGCUUCAGCAAGGCACCACUGGCGGUCUACCCGCCCAAGGGAGCACGAGCCAAGGCCUGUGUUUCUUUACCUGUCGUCAGUCUAGAGAAGAUGCCGUGCUUCAACAGAUCGGAGAGUGCGCAAAUAAAAGUCAACUCCACUUCUCCUAUGGCAGGUUCUUCUCGUUCAUUCUCUUUUUCCUCUUCCUCUCCAUCGUCUACUUCUCUCGAUUCCUUCAUGACAUCACCAGCAUCACAUAAGAACCAGGAGAAAACAGUAAACGGUCGUGGUCCUGGUACUCCUCGCUCCAUCACGCCUCCAUCGCUGAUUGACAGGCGGCCCAGCCCGUCACGGUCACCCUUGGAGAAACGACCUGCCCCCUCUCCCUCCUCACAGGAGAGGAGACCUGCAGCUUCCACGUCUCCAUCCUUAUUGGACAGGAGGACGAUAGUCACGCCCCUUCCCCCAGACAAGAAGCAUCAGAUUGGAGCCAAAGGCGGGGGACCCAGGAGAGUGUCAGGGAGGGUCUUUGAUCCUAACAAACACUGUGGAGUUUUGGACCAAGAAACAAAGAGGCCUUGCACUCGUUCUUUAACCUGUAAGACUCACUCGCUGACCAAUCGCCGAGCCGUUCCAGGACGGAGAAAACAUUUUGACAUUCUUCUUGCUGAGCACAAGGGGUGUGCGAAGGAGAAGGAGGUUGGGCAAAAGAAGGAAGUUCAAGCCGGCAGCCAAUCAGUGCAUCUGACACAGUCACAUGAGACAGCACUCAGCCUAUCCGCAAGCUGUCCAAAUGGCAAGACCACACCCACUCUGAAAUUGCGGCUGGCCAAUUCUCACAUACACAGAGUGUCUGGUAUCGGUCCUGUGGUUCUCAGCUCGACACCUGUACCUCCUCUUCCUCCUGAAACCGCAUCCAGCUGGCAGAGAUGCAGCGGAGAUACCCAUCUGUCCAGCGACGAGGGAGAGACAGAUCUCUCCGAGGAGUCAGAGAAGCCGUCGUGGCAUUACUCGACUCAUCACCCUCGACCCAUGAGUUGUUGUGCGUUCAGCAGUCGUAUGAUGGGGAGGGGUCACUAUUUGUUCGACAGACGGUGGGACCGUGUACGGCUGGCGCUUCACUGCAUGGUGGAAAAACACGUCAACUCUCUGAUGUGGAGGAAAGUCCCCCUGGCGGUGGAGAGCAUGACUGCUGCUUCCCCCUUCCCAUCUGAGGUGUCUCAGCUCAACUCACCCUUUUUCCCCAGCCACAGGCUCAUGGCUCCUCUUGACAGGGUGUCCAUGCUCCCCUACUCCUCAUCUUUACUGCACAACGGCUCUGGGGUCUUCAGGGACCCCAAGCCAGGGCCUAAACUGCAGCUGACGAAACCGGCCAAGCCACUCAAAGCCUCAGGGGAAGGACCGGGACCCAAAAAACGGAAUUCUGAGUCUGCGGCUUACCGGAAGAACAGCGGGAACAGUGGGAACAGCUACCAUCUGCCACUGGGUGCAGCGCACAUCAGUAACGGAACCGCAGCCAUUAGCGUGCGGGCGAAGCCGCGGCCUGGCGGACAAGGCCCGAGGGAGCAGGACAGGUACGGAGGUGUGGAGCUGUCUCUCACUCAGGCGCUCACCGGGGAUCACGGGGCCGUCUCGUCACCGAGUCCUCUGCCAUACGGCUCAUCUGGUGGGAGGAAACGCAAGAGUUUUGGAUCAAGUGCGGGCAGCGAGAAACCCAGUAAAACCACCAAAGCAACAGCACUGGACGCAAUAUUCAGGAAAAGCAGCAGCAGUCUGUUGUCGUCGGUCGCGGAAACACCCCACGGCGCCCUCUCUAGACAGCCCAACGUACUUCACUGAUGCUGUGGGACGUCUUUUGCAAAUCAUGUGGUUCAUUUCAGGCUGUAGGACACCGGAGACGCCGAGCCCGGCACACUACACUUCAGUUACAUCAUGUUAUUUCUUUAGACCACACCCCUUUAGGAAUAAACUGCACAUCUACAAGUAUAAAAAUAAUAAUUCCUCUCAAUCAAGGCCCAUCCUGUCAAUAGCAACUGCAGUGUCACGCACAUUCAGAUUGUGUCUCGUUCACAACAAACACGUCUCAGACAUCCAGCGACGCACGUAUGGAGUGUUAUUUUUCUACGCAUUUAAACGGGGAAUCGUUCGUGAGCGACAAUAAGGAGGAAAAGUCUUCAGACUCGACUGUGUCUCUCUAAAGUGCACUUAAUUUCAUACCUGAGGAGGUAAAUCAAGUUUCAACCAAGGGAAUAUUUUCAAGGCGCUUUUUUGGCAAGCUGUAUUUUUUUGUAUCGGAUGAAUUCAGGUUUUUGAGUGUUUCGUUUUACGAGGAAUAUAAAGGACUCGCACCCCAAUUGUAAAGCAACUUAACCGGUGGAUUAAUUUAGCAUAUUAAUUUAUGGUAUUAAUUUUCUAACUGGCCUAAAUAGCGGGUCACAUGUUGAGCAGAAGUAUAUUUCUAUGCGUUUUAAAUGUUUAAAGUAUUAUAGAGACCCUAUUGUUGGAAAUGUGUACAUAUCUUAAUCUAAAUGUUUUUUAUUUUAUUUAUUGUUAGCAUCUUUGAGGUCAAAUGAUCUUCCUUAAGUCACAUGCAUAUUCAUACAGAUGGUUUGUUAUGAAAGGGCCUUGCAUACCUUAUAUUUGUUUAUUUUAUACUCUACCGGGACAUUUCUACAGGAAUGGUACAGUUGCAGUGAGCCAUGUUGGCGAUCAGCACAGGUCUGUAGCCUGGAGGUUGCCAAUUUUGUUUCGUUAGGGUCAUGCGUGCACCUGAAUAUAAAUGUUUGCUAUUGGUCAGCUGGGUGUGAUGUCAUAACCCGCCUUUGCCAUUCAUUCUUAAUAUACUGGUUCCUGGUUUUAUGGUGCACAAUUCAUACGUGCAUUUUAUUCCAAUGCAAAUAACAUUUGUCGUAACUUGAUCCGCCUUUGAAACAACUUUUCGGCUUUUUUUCAGCUGAUGUCACCUAGUGCAAAGACAUCACACUCCGUGAUCUCAAAAACCAAGCGUUUGUUUGCUGUGACCGACUGAUUAUUACCGUGUUGCCUUGCUGCCAAUGCAAAACUCUCUAUAGGUCGACUGCCAGCUAGAAACCAACCCCGGAUCCCUUCCAAGCCACCGGUCAUGGGUGAAGUGCUUCCAUGUGGAGUUGUCUCUGCAAUGUUUUGUGUAUGUAGUACAGCACCUCGUGCUUGAGGUCAGAGGUCAAAGAGCUGUGAAGUUACCUCUACGCCACACCUUUAUCAUCUGUAAGGAAAGAAAAAAUGCCUGUAUUAAAAGGACAAUUGGAUGUUUUGUAUCGUCGUAUCCAACCAUUAGAGACACGAGCUCUGUUCAAUAGAAUUAUUUUUGGAAGAAUAUCUAUUUUUGAGAAAAGAGUGAAGGACUGCAUCGGUAUAAAAGUACUGAAACUGUGUUUAAAAGAAAUAAUGUGAAUAUUGAGGAAACCCUUGGGGUCACAUUGAAGUUAAGAGUCUUUGUUUUGGUUUAAUAGUGCCACUAAUCUCGGUGUACUACAGUUCAACGGGACGUUUGCCAGAAUGAGUCUAUAACAGCUUUGACGUUUUCUACCAGAUGCUUUUAAACACGUCCCACAGCUUAGAAAUGGUUUAGAAAUGAACGAAUGUGCUACUUCAAACUGUUUCUGUCAUUCAUUAUGGCAUAGCAGUACCAUUUCAUUGUGUUUUAUAUGGUUUUGUUUGUUUGUCUAUAUUUUGCUUUCUUUAUUUGGGUUUUGUUUUUUGUUUUGAUUUGUUCCAUUUGAUUUUGUUUUAUUAAUUUCCGUUUUAUUUUAAUAGUUUUUUAUAUUGUUCAGUUUAUUAUUUAUUUAUUUUUACUUUAAUUUG